UGAGCAGGAAGUGUACAAGUGGGUGAAGCGGGAGAGAGAGGCGGCGGAGCGGGCGUUCAGAAAUGAUGAGAAAGUAAUAAAGUGCAGAGAUUUCAGUCUUUUCUAUCGACUGUUGUCAAAACGUCUGCAGCUUGGAGAAGAUGAAAUCUGCGUGAACAGUCAUCAAAUCACGAGACACGGGUGAAAUGAGGCAUUGUCUGUAUAACUGCAGAGCAACAGUUGUCUGAGUUAUGCUGGAAGCCAUUCAGGAUGCCGUACAGGAGCAGCCUGAGCAGCCUAAAACUAAAGUGGAGGAGCGAGAGGAUCUGAUCCUGGAACUACAGGAUGUCAUCACUGAGCUACACCAGGAGAUGUCUCUGAAAGAACAGCACGAGCUCCAGCAGCUCAAAGAACUCCUUCAGCUGGAGGCCAGAGUCAAAGAGCUUCAAGAGCAGGUGCAAGGUUCAGAGGAGACUAUAGCUCAGCUGAGACUAGAGCUGGCUGAGAAAGCAGAGAGCAGCAGCACCACGCUGAAUGUCGCUGAGCAGAUCCAGCGGCUGGAGGAGGAAGUGUCCAGGCUGAAAUCUCAGCAUAGUUCAGUCAGUCAGCAGGAAUGGUGUUGGCUCCGGGAGGCACAAGAGGAGCUGAAAGCGAGAGAAGAGGAGUGGAAGAAAGAGAGAUCCUUCCUUCAAGAGCAGCUCAAUGGCGUCAGAGAGGAGCUCCUCCGCGCCAACCUCAGGGAAGAAGAGCAUCGUCUGAAAGUGCUGCAGAUUGAUGAACUCCAAAGAGAAGUUGACAAGACGCUGGCACUGCUUGAAAAGGAGAGAGAGGAUUGUGUAAAGCCCGAGGAGCUGGAACGACUGAGAGAAGAGCAACUCAAGGACAAGGUCAGGCAUAAAGAAGAGCUGAUCGUAGAGCUGCAGAAAGAGCUGGAAAAGGCUGGAUUCGACCAGAAGGAGAAAGAGCUUAAGGAAUGGAAAGAUCGCUGGUACUCUGUCUCGGAGAACCUCCGGCUCACACAAACACAGCUCCAGCAUGCCCAGGACCGCCUGGAAAUACAGCAGGAGAAUAUCCGCAGCCUACAGGAUCAUGUGGAUAAACUCCAUACUGCGUCCACAGUCUCCAGGCUGCAGCGUGAGCUACAGGAAGCAGAACAUCAGAGGGAUCUCCUGGGCUCCAGAGCAGCUGAGCUGAACUGUGACAUCCAGCCGAAAGACAGCAGGCGGCUCGCAGAGCAGGACGAGGUUUCCAGUAGAGAUGAGACAGUUCUGAGACUGACGGCAGACCUGCGGGCCACUCAGGAGAAUCUGACCGCUGCACAACAGGAGCUGGGAGAGCAGAUGCUGCAGCUCACGUCUAGGGAAGAAGAGGUUGUGGCCCUGCAGAAGGAGGCAAGCAGACUUCAGGAGAUCCUGAAACAGAGAGAGGAAAUGAUGGAGAAGAGCAAACACAACACGACACAUCUCCAGCGAGAGACGGGCUCCCUUUACAGACAGAGUGAAGUCCGAAGGGAGGAGCUGUGUGAUCAGCGUGAGGAGGAGCAGCGAUGGCAACAGGAGGCGCAGGAACAGAAGGAGAGCCGGGUGAAGGAGGUGCUGGCCCUUAAGGAAGAGCUGCAGAGCACACAAAGCCAUCUUCAGCAGCACAGAGAUAGCAUGGAGAGUCUGUUUCAAGAGCUGGAGAUAGCCCACAGACAGCAGAGAGACCCAGAGGAUGAGGCCUCCUGCAGGGCGCCAGCUCUCCGCAGUCAGGAUGCAGAGUUGAUUGAGCUGAAGGCAGGUCUACUGGAGGCUGAGAAACUGGCCACAGAUGCAGAGGCCCGACUGCAACCUCUUAGCGAUUCCCUCGAGCUCUGCAAACACAAGUACCAGGCCUGCCUCAGCAAGAUCGCACAACUGGAAAACACACUGCUUGCCCGCGAGGAGGACCUGAAAGAGGCCCACAGUCAGGUGUCACAGAAGGAAGAGCAGGUCCUCCGUCUGAGGGCUCAGGUUGUAGCUCUGCAGGGGGAUCUGCAGGUACACUGCGCCCAGCUGGAGAGUGGAGACGAUGCCCUCGCCGCUCUGAGCCAGCGGCUCCGAGACACGCUGAGUGAGCUGGAGCACAGCCGUAAACACAGCCAGGAGUGUGAGCUGCUCAUCAGCACUCUCAGAGACACCGCUGCUACCCUUCGCCGACAGGCUGAAGAGCGAGAAGAGAUGGUAGUGAAGACACAGGCUGAUUUCUCCAUCUACCGGGCCACUCACUUUCACUCCGUCUCAGACUACGAAUCCCAGCUGUCCCGCGUUCAGGAACUAGAGCACGCGCUGUUCCAGUCGCUGGAGCGCUGCGGUCAGAGCGCCCAGGAGUCGCGGGUCUGCCAGCUGGAGUUGGAGCGGCACCGUGAUGCCAGUACGGCAGAGGUGCAUCGGCUGCAGGAGCAGGUGAGGAGACUCCAGGCGGAUGCAGCGGAUGAGGACCAGAGACGAGCACACGUUGAUUCUCUGGAACAGAAGGUUGUCAAGCUAGAAGGAGAGCUACAGGCAGCUCAAAGGCAGUGUGGCCAGGCUAUCCAGAAGAGAGACGCCCUACUGAGACAGUCGGAGGCUGAUCUUCUGCAGGCACGGGAGAAGAUCCGAAGCAAGGCGGCGGAGGCAGAGAGGCAGGCCAUCUCUGCUCGAGGGCUGGAGGCUGAUCUGCAGAGAGCCAAGAAAGAAAAAAGGCAGAGGGAAAAAGAGUGUGCCUCACUCAAAACACAGAUGCUUCAGCUCAGAGAACAACUGAAGGAGGCUCACGCCACCUGCAGAGACACGGCCCAGGAGCUGGCGCGGCAGCAGGAGAAAGAGCAGCUGUUGGAGAGAGGUCAGCGUCUGGCUCAGGAGCAGCUCUCAGAGCGUGUGAAGGAAGUGGUGCUGGCAGAGAAAGCCCAGAGGAGACUCCAGGAAGAGCUCAAGAGAAUAACAGAGAGUCUGGAAAGCACCCAACUGGAGCUACAGGACUCACGGAGGCUGCUGGAGCGUGUGCAGACAGAGGCCAGCAGCAGCAGACAGGAGGUCCUGAGACUCCAGCAAGAGAAACAGCAGAUCCAGAAAGAGCUGGAUGUCAACAGAGAGACCGUUUCAGCCCUGCAGAUUAAAAUGUGUGAACAGGAGAAGCUUCUAAACACACAUCAGGAGUGUGUUUCUGAGCUGCAGCUCACCAUCCACAGACUGCAGGAAGAGGAAAUGAACAGGCAGACUCAGCUGCAGCUGUGCAGGAGAGAACUGGACACCAAAGAUGAACAAGUGCAGAAGCACUCCCAAGAGAUGAGCGCUCUGCAGGCUGCGGUGUCCAGGCUGAAGCUGGAUCUGGAGCAGGAGCGGGACAAGGCCCAUCAGAGAGGGAGAGAGCUGAGACUGGAGCUCAGCACAGCACAGGCCUCUCAUAAAGAGUACAUGGAGCUGCUGGCUGAGUACAGUCGAGAGGUGACGGCCCAGAGGAGUGAGCAGGCCCGUCUGCAGCAGUGCCUGACCCAGCUGACAGAGGACAGGGAGACUCAGGAGGAGCGAGUCAGACAGAUGAGUGCAGAUCUACAGAGAGCGCUCAGAGAGAGCAGCUGCUCUCAGCAGGAGGCCCGGGCUUGUGAGGGGCGACUGGCGGAGCUGCACACCCAGAUGACACGCUCACAGCAGUGUGCACAGCAGCAGAUGACGGCCCUGCAGGCCAGAGACCAGGAAGUGCUCACGCUAAAGAUGGAGAUGGCCUCUCUCAGAGACAGCUACGCUGCUAAAGUAGCUCAGGUUGAAGCUUUGCUCUCACAGAUGGACGCUGUCAGUCAGAAGUACAGCACAGCUGUGUGUGAGGCCGAUGUUCUGCGGCGGUGUUUAGGAGACGCACGGAGUGACAGCUCUCGACUUCACAGGGAAAGCGAGCUCGUGGUGACCAAUGUGAACCAGUGGGUGAAGGAGCAAAAGCACACUAAUGAGAAACUGGCACUCAAGAUCAAGGACCAGAGCAGGAAGAUCAUCCACCUGACAGCUGAGAGAGAUCACCUUCAGGAGAAUGUGAAGGGUUUGCAGGGGGAAAUCCGGAGGCUGAAAGCAGAGCUGGAUAAGCAGAGCGACUGAAGUGAAGAAUGAGGCAGAGGAAGAAGAAAGCACUUCCUGACCACCAGCAGCACGAGUCUGUGCCAGUCAGUGUCUGAUCGACGUGGAUGGCUAUAGAACUGCAAACAAACUCUUGGAUCCUUUCUUCAUCACUGACUCGAUGAGUUCAAGAAUAAUUUGAUUAUCCGAUGAUGACCUUUUGACAUAUAAUUGUCCAAAAUAGCCAAUCAAAUCAAUUUGCCAAAUUCUGUACAUCAAACUUACUGAAUUGUCCAUCAUACAAUUUACUUUCUGUCUCCUAUUUAGCAAAUUACCAGAAUUAUGGUAAAAAGUAUGGUCUUGUCAUGGUGCAUGUACUUCAGAUACCAGGUAUGCUGAGAGGCAAGUGAAUGCAGUUUUGUUUGUUCCAUUCCUGAAAGCUCAUUAGUCUUGAAAAAAUACUAAACGUCUGAAUGAUCAUCCAAAAGCAAAACAUCUCUAUGCUUGCACAAAGGAAAGGAGUAGUAGAAUACAGUGUGAUCAAUGUAAAAAAAAAAAAUGAGACUCAUUAUGUUCCUGGUUGUAAAAAAUACUGGUUGUAAAAAUGUGUGAAUACUGUAGAAUGUGCAUGCAAAAUGUAUAUAACGAUUCAGAUUUUUGACCUAUAAAUUUCAUGGUUUAAAGCAGGUGCACAGACCCAAAAUCAGCAAAUGAUCAGUUCAUGCAAAUUAUUUUUUGAUCUUUUUGUUGUUAAUGCCAUGGCCUACUGUUUGAGCUUCAGAAAAGCACACACACACAAAAUUAAACUUAAAAAUUUAGGGGAAAAAAUAAAAAUACUGUUUAUAAUGUUAUUGUAACUGAUGUUUUAAAAAAAUAGUUGUUAAAGAUCGUUUUAAAAAUCGUUUACGUUUUUGUAUUGUGUAAAAAAAAAUAUUUUUUUAGUUUUUUUUUUAUUAACAAAUUUUAUUAAUAUUUUUUUUAGUUUAAUAGUUUUUACCGUAUUUUUAUUUUGUGUGUGUGUGUGUUUGUGUAAAAACAAUUACAUCCAGAAUAUUAGCACAAAACGAGGGAUAAAUAGCACUCUGCUUUUUUAAGACAUUGACAUUCAUUAAUUUUUCAUUAAAUACAAAGACCGCAUAAAUGCAGCCAAACUUUAAUUUAAGAAAAACACACACAAAAAAUGCACUUGUCCUGUUUGCAUCUGCAGAAAGUGUCCAUUACAUUACAUUACAUUACAUUUAUUCAUUUAGCAGAUGCUUUUAUCCGAAGCGACUUACAGAUGAAGACAGUGGAAGCAAUCAAAAACAACAAAAAGAGCAAUGAUAUAUAAGUGCUAUAACAAGUUUCAGUUAGGUUAACACAGUACACGUA